GGUCUCGGAAAGGGUGGUGCUAAGCGUCACCGCAAGAUUCUCCGUGAUAACAUCCAAGGGAUUACGAAGCCCGCUAUCCGUCGUCUGGCCCGUCGUGGUGGUGUGAAGCGUAUCUCUGGCCUCAUUUACGAGGAGACCCGAGGAGUGCUCAAGAUCUUUUUGGAGAACGUUAUCCGGGAUUCUGUCACGUACACGGAACACGCGAAGCGGAAAACAGUGACUGCACUUGAUGUUGUAUAUGCGUUGAAGCGGUCAGGACGCACGUUGUACGGGUUCGGUGCAUAG